AUGGUCCUCUUCAAACCAAAUGAUGCCCCAGUGCAAAAGCUCUUCGAUCUCACCGGCAAGAUGGUGGCAAUAACCGGGGGUGGACGAGGCAUUGGAUUGACCGUAGCUACUGCCUACGCCGAAGCUGGUGCUCAGGUUGCUAUUCUAUACCGCACAACCACCACCGCUCCCAAAACCGCAGAAGAACUUUCUUCCAAAUACAACACCAUAUGUCGCGCAUAUCAAGCCGACGUUACCGUCCCAACCCAAAUCUCCGCCGCAAUUGACGCCGUUGUCCAGGACUUUGGAAAACUGGACGUGAUCGUCGCCAAUGCGGGAAUCUGCUCGGAGCAUGCAGGCGAGGACUACACCCCUGAACAAUUCCAGGAGGUUAUGAAUGUCAAUGUCAACGGAGCGUUUUAUACAGCCCAAGCUGCUGCCAGAAUCUUCAAGAAACAGGGCUUCGGAAAUGUGGUAUUCACGGCUUCGGUUAGCGCUACGCUGGUGAAUACGCCUCAGAAACAGGCUGCAUACAAUGCCUCCAAAGCUGGAGUCCUGCAACUAGGCAAGUCGCUCGCAGUGGAAUGGGUGGACUUCUGCCGCGUCAACUGCGUCUCGCCGGGUUAUGUCCAGACGCAGAUGAUGCAGUAUGCUUCGCCUGAGAUGCAGGAUAAGUGGCUGAGUCAGGUUCCUGCUAAGCGCUUCGCGUCGCCAUAUGAGCUCAAGGGGGUUUACCUUUUCUGUGCUUCCGAUGCGUCUAGUUAUAUGACCGGGUCGAAUCUGGUGGUUGAUGGGGGUUUUACAUUGCCUUAA